CCGUUUUUUUGCUUUCCUCUCCCUUUCCAACCAGAAUCUUUCCCAAUACCAAUGCCCGCUCCCUCGGCUGUUUCUUUCCUGGCAAGCAAAUUGAAAACCUAGAAACCAAAUUUUGCUGUUCGAUCGAACUUGGAACUGCAAGUAAUUUGUGAAGCGAAGCGAUGGGUCGUCUUUUUGCUUCGUGCUUUGGUUUUUGUUCAUCCAAAAAUGGCAAACAGCGCAACAGGGACCAACAAUCCACCAUCCAAUUUCAGACCAAUCCCAUUCCUUCGCAUCCGCUUCUGGAAGCUGGGAAUAGGCGUGAUGGAUCACUGGACAUUAGUCCCAUGGAGGAAGUGAAUUGUGUGAAACCCCAUGAUCAGUAUGUUGUUUUAUCCUAUGAAGAAGCCGAUUCAGUUCAUGGGAAGAAACAGGACAAGAGGGAGAUGGAAGCAAGUGCAGCAAAAGCAAGCAAACCUGAAUCUUCAUCUGAAGAUAUUGCUGUUUCUCUCAGUCCCAGCUUCACAUCAUCUUGCCCUCCAACUCAUCGAUACAGGAACUGUAAGGACAGUGAUGAUGAGGAUGAGGUUUUUGAUAGUCAUGAUGAAAAUGAAAUGGUUGAAUCAAUUUCUUCCGUGGCCAAUAGUUCCGCGUAUGUUUGCGGGUCAAACCGAAAAAAGGCCAGGCAUAGGACUGCUUAUAUUUGCCCUGUACGGAAUCCAGUUGAAAAUCUUUCUCAAUGGAAUGUGGUGAAAUCAAAGGGGGCAUUGCCACCGACACCUCAGAAAGAGAAUCUGAAGUUGGAACAAGAAUCAACCAGUUCCAAGUCGAAAGCUUUCAAGUCGAGUAAAGAACCAAGUGUCGAUGCCAGCCUUUCUAACUGGUUGGCUUCAUCAGAAUCAACACCAGUCGGUCCGAUCACUACAACAAUGGCUUUAGAAGACACAGUUACUCCUCCAGUGAAAAGCAGCACAUUGCAAGGAUCAAGCUCACCAGGAAGAAGUAGCCGCAACGAGAUGCCUGAAGCGAGUGAUGAGGAUCAUGAUUCAGCCUCUUCUUUUAAAGGAAUACCAAAUACAACCAGCAAGUAUAGAGAGGAUAAGACAGUGAAUUGGCACUCUACACCAUUUGAGACGAGGUUGGAAAGAGCUUUGAAUAAUAGAGGAGUUGCUAAAGCUUGAGGUGAUGAAGUUAGAUCAGGACUGUGAUGCAUUUGAUUGUGUAAGACCUGCUUAUAUUUUUUUGAUUUGUCUGUAAAUUAAAUGUGCACUGUUUGUUUAACCUGCUGCCUGUAUCUCAAUGGAAUAGCUACCACAAAUCGUCGUAA